AUGCCAGUAACCAACCACAACACUGUUUCUAAGCAUAAGGGAAAUCAAAUAUCAUUUGAAAAGUUCUUCAAUAGCUUCUCAGAAUUCAAAUUAUCAAGUGAUGGUUCUCUGGUGGCUGUAAAGAGACUCACAGGUUAUGUUCAAGGUAACGAAUUACAGUUUCAAAAGGAGGUUGAGACGAUAAGCAAAGUGGUGCAUCGGAAUCUACUCCGGCUGCAAGGGUUUUGCAUGACACAAACUGAACAGUUGAUUGUGUAUCCGUAUACGGCCAAUGACAGUGUUGUAUCUUGUCUACACGAUCGACCUGAUACACAGCCUGCACUUGAUUGGUCGACAAGGAAACGAAUAGCGUUGGGAUCCGCAAGGGGCCUUGCUUAUUUGCAUGACCAUUGUGACCCAAAGAUCAUUCAUCGUUAUGUGAAAGCCUCAAGUAUCUUGUUGGAUGAGGAGUUUGAAGCUGUUAUCGGAGACUUUGGGUUGGCUAAACUCAUGGACUACAAUGAUACUCAUGUUACAACACAUGUCCGUGGUUCUAUUGGACACAUAGCGCCAGAGUAUCUAUCCACAGGGAGAUCUUCAUAA